AGAAUUUUUUGAUACCUUCUUGUCUGAAGAAUCUCCAGCUGCUCUUGAUGAUAGCCUAAGAAGACCACAUGCUGUUUCCUCUCGAUGCCAAGCCAGGCCCACUCAGAACCUCGGAUCUCAGUCCUUCAUGGAGACCAGGUCCCAGCAGGAAUGGCAGUACAGGAAAUUGGCACCCAGAUGGUUCCUCCACGUGAAGUUGUCUCGGGCUAUGGGCUGAUGAGAGAACACCUGGUAGCCAGGUAGUGGUGGAGCUGGGAAAAUUCGAGAGGACGAAGUUUAGAAAUUCCAAUUUGCAAGAUGGACGUACGAAAAUGGAGGAAGUGCCUGAAUAUCUGAAUCCAUUCCUUAAGAAAGAAGCACUGGACUUGAAUAGGAAAAAAAAAUCGGACAGCGACAGCUACCCCAUUAUGCUCUGGUGGUCCCCGCUGACCGGGGAGGCUGGAAGGCUAAGCCAGUGUGGAGCAGACGCUUGUUUCUUCACCAUCAACCGGACCUACCUGCACCAUCCCAUGACCAAAGCUUUCCUCUUCUACGGUACUGACUUUAACAUAGAUAGUUUACCUCUGCCUAGGAAAGCCCAUCACGACUGGGCCCUUUUUCAUGAAGAGUCCCCGAAAAACAAUUAUAAGCUCUUUCAUGAGCCGGUCAUCACCUUGUUCAACUACACUGCCACAUUCAGCAGGCACUCCCACUUGCCACUAACCACCCAGUACUUGGAGGGCAUAGAAGUCCUGAAGUCCCUCCGAUACCUAGUUCCUCUGCAGUCCAAGAAUAACCUUAGGAAAAGACUUGCUCCGCUGGUGUACGUACAGUCAGACUGUGACCCACCAUCAGAUAGGGACAGCUACGUUCGCGAGCUGAUGACUUACAUCGAGGUCGACUCCUACGGGGAGUGUUUACGAAACAGAGAUCUCCCCCAGCAGCUGAAAAGCCCAGUGUCUAUGGAUGCCGAUGGCUUUUACAGGAUCAUUGCCCAGUACAAGUUUAUCCUUGCUUUUGAGAACGCGGUGUGUGACGACUACAUCACCGAGAAGUUCUGGAGACCCCUGAAGCUGGGCGUAGUCCCCGUAUAUUACGGAUCCCCCAGCGUCACAGACUGGCUUCCAAGUAACAAAAGUGCUAUUCUCGUCUCGGAAUUUUCUCACCCCAGAGAGCUGGCAAGUUACAUCCGACGACUGGAUGAUGAUGACAGAUUGUAUGAGGCCUACGUAGAAUGGAAGCUGAAGGGUGAGAUCUCUAACCAGAGGCUUCUGACAGCUCUCAGGGAACGGAAAUGGGGUGUGCAGGACAUCAACCAGGACAAUUACAUCGAUGCCUUUGAGUGUAUGGUGUGCACCAAGGUGUGGGAUAAUAUCAGGCUUCAGGAAAAGGGCUUACCGCCCAAAAGAUGGAAGGCAGAAGAUACUCAUCUGAGCUGCCCAGAGCCUAACGUGUUUGCUUUCUCACCUCCCCGGGCUCCACGUCGGAGCUCUUUGCGAGAGAUGUGGGUACGAAGCUUUGAACAAUCCAAGAAAGAAGCCCAGGCGCUAAGGUGGCUGGUGGAUAGGAAUCAAAAUUUCUCAGCUCAGGAGUUUUGGGCCCUAGUAUUCAGGGACUAAUUUCAAAAAAAUAUCAGAGUGACGCAGAGUAGAACCUUCUGGAAGUUUAUUUUCUGGGUUGCCUUAAUAUUUGAACACAAUAGCUAUUCUGUUGACUAUCCAUUAGGAUAAGAAUUAAUUGCUGCAGUACUCACAAUGAGCCCUAUCAAAGAAUAGAUGUGAAUUACCCUUAGGGGUGGCCUCUGUAUUUUUUAUACUAAAAAGGUAAAUAUUUCUUACGAACACUGGUCAUCUUCAGUUUACAUGUCUGGACUCAUGUACUUGCUGCCUUUUGUGGAAAUUCACCUGGUUUAGAGUGAGUGCUUUCCUUGCACGAUGGAGGCAGAGGAUCUAGCCGUGGAUUCUUGGUCCUCACUGCACUCUCAACAGUGUACUGGUAUUUGGAAGCCCAGUGUUCUCUGAUGCUCAGUGUGAACAUGAAGUGCAUUAGAACUUGGCAAUGAGAGAUCCCAUCUGUUGGUUUCCAGGGAUGUAAGUGAGUAAUAAAAGCUGUUUCAGGUCUGUCUGCCAUCUCCUCUUCCAGUCAAAAGGACAUACGCAUGUCUACCUUCUUCUCCUUACCCUGACCCACCUCUCUAACCUUCCUUAUUCCUACCUGGCCCCGUGGCCUCCCGUUUUGCCUUCAGAGUGGGAUGUCUUGUAAAGCCAUGAUUCCUCCUUGUGUGUUUUGGUCAGUCAGAUGUUACCGGUUGUCCCUUCUACUGCUGAGCAGAAUAAUAGCAAGAAUUGUAUGAUUCCGGCUGGAGUGCGAGUACAAGUGGAAUGUCCCCAGGAACUCCACUUGUGUUGAAGCUGGUUUGUUGUUUCUUAGGACGAUGUGCAGAGCCUGUCAUGGUGGGCAGCCACAGGCACUCAGUUUGUGAGUGUUUCCUGUCAUUUCUGAUCCUGCCACAGAGACGGUUCAGCUGUCUUGUCUGGGGCGUCUACCAGAGCUCCAUAAAAAACAGGGGGGAGUAACACGGGAUCACAUUUUCCUUCCAUAGGAAAGUGGGGAGGCUUCUAGGUGAUACUACAGCCUGUUGCCACCAAUAUGUCACGGUUUCCAUAUUCUU